AGCCGGUGCCACGGCCACUUUCUCAUGCGGUGGGAUGGUGGGUCGUUAUAUGGUUGUUCAUAUUCCUGGAAAUCAGAUGAUUCUUAAUAUUGUUGAAGCUGGAGUCUACGGGUAUUUGGCAGGAAAUCGGGCAAUAGGAGGAGCCACUAUACAGUCGUCAACAUCUGCAGACUGGGUUGCUGAAAAGGCCGUUGAUGGUAAUCGAGGUCUCCAGCAGUUGUAUACGGGAUGCUCCUCAACCCUUAAUGAGACAGACCCGUGGUGGAGGCUGGAUCUGCAUGAUGUCUACCGAGUUAGUAAAGUGGUCGUCACUAAUAGAAAAGACUGCUGUGCAGAACAAAUAAAUGGAGCAGAGAUUCGAAUCGGAAACUCUUUGGAGAACAACGGCAUCAACAAUCCCAUAUGUGCUGUUAUUCCUGCUAUUCCAGCAGGUAAGUCCUACAACUACUCAUGUGAUGGACUGGAUGGACGUUACGUGAUUAUUCAUGUUCCUGGAGACCGGAAGAUUCUUGCGCUUUGUGAGGUUGAAGUCUACGGGUAUUUGGCAGAAAAUCUGGCAGUAGCUGGAGCUGCUAUACAGUCGUCAACAUCUGUGGACUGGUUUGCUGAAAAGGCCAUUGAUCGAGGUCUCCAGCAGUUGUAUACGGGAUGCUCCUCAACCCUUAAUGAGACGGACCCGUGGUGGAGGCUGGAUCUGCAUGAUGUCUACCAAGUUAAUAAAGUGGUCGUCACUAAUAGAAAAGACUGCUGUGCAGAACAAAUAAACGGAGCGGAGAUUCGCAUCGGAAACUCUUUGGAGAACAACGGCAUCAACAAUCCCAUAUGUGCUGUUAUUCCUGCUAUUCCAGCAGGUGAGUCCUACAGCUACUCAUGUGAUGGGAUGGAGGGACGUUACGUGAAUCUGAUCAUUCCUGGAGACAAGAAGAUACUCACUCUGUGUGAGGUGAAGGUCUAUGGAGAAGGUCCCUGUUUAAAAAGAUCAUUUGUAAAACUGCUGUUUCACUCCAGCAAAGAUUUGACCGACUCUACAAUGAGAGAAAACGUUCUGAAACAGUUGGGAUCUGCUCUUGCUGAUAGAGGAAUCACAGACGUGACACUGAGGUGGACUCAAACCCCUAAACAGGAAGUGAAGCAGAACACUGACAAAAGUCGCUGUGAUACAAGACGAUAAUUCCCUGGAAAUCAACAGUGUCUCUGACUCACUAAAUUCACAUUCAUUCAGUGUCUUCAUAAUUUAUGAAAGCUCGUUUCCACCACUGAAUAAAAAAUAAAACAAGGGACUUGUGACUUUUUAUCUCACAAUUCUGACAUAAAGUCCAUUCUGAGGGGCAAAAAAGAGAGACUAUUUUCUUACAAUUCAAGUUUAUUACUCAGAAUUACGACUUUAUUUCUCAGAAUUGUGAGAGACGUAACUAUGCUCGACAGCCGGACAACUUUUUUUGCGAUUGGUGCGAGAGGGUUUUGGCUUGCAGAACUUCGCACACUAGAUGAGAAACAGAAUUAUAAUGCACUACAGUCUGUAAGAUUGUACUUUUUACAUCCUAGUCUGUACAUUUUAAUAUUAGAAACCAUACUAAUUGCAUUAGUUAGCUUAAAAAAUGCAUAAUAUAUCUGUUAUCUAUGAAUUUGGAUAAUUGAUUUUUAGAAUAGAAAUCAUGGUUCUCCCACGAUUCUGAAAACAAAAUAUUAGACAACCAAACAAAAUAAUAUGUAGGCUAAUUUUCUUGAGGUUCUGACAAAAUGUUUUAUUUAAUGUUAGAAAUGAGUCUAUUUAAAAAUAUGUAUUAAUUUAAAUGAAUUCAUGAUGUAAAAAAUCAUUUGAAAUAAAUGAAUGAAGACUUCCUCCAGAGUUUUUGAACGAAUCUCUUGAAUGAAUGAUUCAGAAAUCAAAUACAUUUGAACAAUCACUGGUCACCACCUACUGGCAUAAUCCCAGCCAACAUUGAUAUGUGGGCCCCAUAUGGGUUAUACCCGGGCAGCAUGGGUUCCAUGUGGGCAUGGGCUGAAAAUGGGCAAUUCAUGUGGGUCCCAUAUAGGUUUGACCAUAUGGGACCUUUAUGGGAUCUAUGUGGGCAAAAUUAUUUUACACUUAAAAUACAUCCU